AUGUCGUUACCAUUGCUGCAACCCGACGUGGUUCCACCACUGGAAGAAGCUGCGGAGGUCACCAAUUCUCCCACGUUGGAGCCCAAGGAGAUUCCACUGAAAAGCAUGGAGGACGUUGCUGGCUCGGAAAAGGAUAUAAGCCCGGAGGAGAAUACAGAGAACACGCCGCUCAAUGACUCGUCACCCCAAGCGGUUGAGGACCGCCUCUGGGAUGUUGGGGUACAAGAGAUCAUGAGCCAGGGACUGGAUGAAGGUUGGCCUUGCUCCCCAUGA